UAAGUGACUCUUUUAGCUCUCCACGCCAGCGAUGUAACACUGUUCUACAUGUAUAGUUUCUUUCAGUAAUUUAAUUACACUUCUAAUAAUGGGUGUUGUUAAAGUUACUUUUUUGAUAGUGUGUUUAUGUAUGUUCGUGACAGUGACGAAAAGUUAUUCGGCUUCAAAGUCUGAUAAAACAAAGAUAUCGGUUGGUAAAACUGCAGAGCAACUCAAUGCUCGUUUGGAAAAGACUGUGACUAAAUGGGGUUACACUUUAAAAACAUACCUCGUUGAAACUGAUGAUCACUAUUAUUUGACAUUGCAUCGUUUAAUGUUGAAAGAAGAGAAACCAAAGUUAUCCGCCAUUUUCAUCAUGGACGGGAUCACAGGAUGUUCGCCGUUGAGCAUAGCCAACCGGAAAAGCUUGGCUUAUCACCUCGUAGACAAGGGGUAUGACGUAUGGUUAGGAAAUGCAAGAGGAACAUUUCUUUGUAUGAGGCACAGAAACAUGAAACCUAGCGAAAAGAAAUUUUGGGAUUUUAGUUUCCACGAAAUCGGCACCCACGACUUGCCAGCGUUCUUAACCAGAGUCAAGCGGGAGACAGGAGUGGCCCGGGUACACUAUGUUGGCUACUCUAUGGGAACCACAGAUUUCCUGGUCUUGGCCUCUACUCAGGCCUCUGUGGUGGAGAAUGACGUGGCCAGUGUCACACUCAUAGCGCCCGUGGCCUGUCCCAUGCAUUAUCGGUUGAUAAGCAACAGGUUCAAGCGGUUUUUCGCAAAAAUAUAUCUGAAAGUGAACGGAGCGUUAUUUCGAGGAGAUGUUUUCACUCUUCACAAGCACGUGGCUUUGGCAUCAUACCACGCUUGUAAAACAAUGUUUUUAAGUUGGCUUUGUGAGAGGCUUUUGAGAUUCCGCUCCAAUGGAAGGGACCUAUAUGAUCACUUGAACUCUCUGGAAGCGCUUCCCUAUUUCCCGUGUGGUGCGUCCGUCAAGGCGUUCCUUCACUUUAUCCAACUUGCAGAAGCAGAACGGUUCCAGCACUACGAUUACGGACCAGAAACGAACGUUGUUAAGUACGGUCAGCCUGAGCCAUUGGCGUAUGACCUUGGAGCCAUUGAGAAGGAGUUGUACUUGCUAGUGGGAGGUCAGGACUCCGAAGCAGAUAAGAGGGAUAUCCAAUGGAUGCAUGAACGGUUGAAGAAUUCAUAUUAUGUGGACGAGCCAUUCAUACAAUUCGACCAUCGAGAUUUUGCGUUUGGCACAGAGAUUAACAAGGCGUCUGAAGUGGUUAUUGAGAUAGUUGAAGCCUACGAUGCAGGCAGAGAAACAGAGAUCAAGAAAACUACAAGGUCAAAAAGUAUGCAUAGACAAAAUUCCUGAGCAUGCUUGAAUUGAGUUGAAUUGUAUGGCUCUAUUUGAAAUAAAUCAUU